ACGUUCAGGAGGGGGCGAAGUUUACUCCAAGAGAUACUGAUCCUGGCCUCCGCCGUCCUCAACCUCUAAACCCAACCACAAACUAUCGUAUAGAACCUUGAGAAAGCCCUCUUCAGCUCUGCUUCUUAAUACCACCGAGUUCACUCGCCGCGACUUCAAACACUAUAUCCGCAGGCAAGCCUACGCUAGAAUGACCCCCUGAGGUCUGUGGGAUGCUGCUGAGAUGCCGCGACAAUGGCUACUUCCAAUGAUUGAGUCGAAUGCUGUGACGCUGUGGCGAGAAGAUGCCUCCCGAGCUGACGAUGUUCUCACCAAAAGCAGAGGCGUAGAGAGGCGAGGGAGGACAAGCCGUCCGUCUGGGAAUGCGAAAUAUCGAGGUUCGAGGGUACAGUCUGGUUCCCUUCUGCAUAGAGAAGGCUCGCACCGUCAAAUGAGCAGCGUCAGGUCGCCAGAGCUAUCAUUGAGGAGGGAAAACAAACAGAGUUGGAUGGGCAGAUGGAGCGAUUGCUUAGAGGUUGAUGCUAAUCUGUGGUCACGUGAUUUAUCAAUUAUCAGAUGCCGCACGGGCCCAUUGGUGGUGAAGUAGCUGAGCCGGUACCUUUGUAGAGACAAAUGUUCUGAAGAACCGAGAUCUAAAUCAAGGAAACAAUAGGCGCGUGGGCACAUUGUUUCGCGAUGCAGAUACCUAAUAACAAGGGUUUGAUUACACUCAUCUACUUCCAAG